AUGCCCGCCGGUUACGCGCCAUCAGACGUCCCAGUCCAGACAACAAAGCUCCAGUCGGCAGCCACCGUCAGGCGCGCCAAGACCCUCACCCGCCCAGAACGCAGCGUCGCCCCCCCGCCCCUCAUUAACCCACAGUCCACCCUCUUCUCGUCCCCCUCGGGCACAGUCGCAGACAGCUCCUCCUCCUCUCUCGAUGCCUGGGUCAUCUUCUCCAAGGUCGUCACCUGGUGGGCUCCCGCCUUCCUCCUCCAGUCCAUCGGCGGCCUCAAGGACAAGAACACAAUUCAGGCAUGGCGCGAGAAGAUGGCCCUCUGCUUCAUCGUCGCCAUCCUCUGCGCCAUAGUCGGCUUCUCAACCGUCGGCCUCCAGAAGGUCCUCUGUCCAGAGACCAGCAGCCUCAACACGAAGCGAUUCAUCAGCCUCGGCUCCACCUCAGGCACGCUCGGCGUCGGCGGCUUCGCUUUCAACGUCACACAGUCCCUCUCCACCGACUCGGUCGACUUUCUCAAGCUCUCCCAGUCCCUCCCAGGCCAAGACAUCACUCCCCACUUCCAGCGUGACGCAGACAGCUACCCCGCCUGCAAGGGCCUCUCCUAUCGCAUCGCUCUCGACAGCCCAUGCACCUCCGCCACCAAGUGCGACCUCGGCGCCCUCAACUCUUCCGCCGUCUUCUCCUCCCUCAAGCUCGUCAACAUGACCCGCCCCGUCGGCUACGACUGGGACCAGAUCGACAGCCUCCCCAACUACAUCGUCUUGGACGGCUCCGUGCUCAACCUCAACCCGUACAUUCAGCUCCACCCCACCGCCAUCCCCUCUGACAACGUCGAUCUCGCCAUUCGAACCCUCCUCGCAGACGCGACCGGCGGUCGCGAUGGGACCCGCCUCUUCGUCAGCCGCUCGGACAUCAAGAAGGCCAUGCCGUGUCUUGUCCAGCGCUAUUCCGCGGGAAACAUCGACAAAAUUACGCCUGGAUGCUUCGUCUCGCAGCUGGUCCUCUACGCCGGUCUCAUCGUCAUCCUCACCCUCGUCCUCGUCCGCUUUGCCAUGGCCUGCAUCUUCAACUGGUUCCUCUCCGAGCGCCUCGCUGGCUCUCCUGACAGCAUGACCCUCAACCGUUCUGCGAUCAGCCCUUCCGUCAUGCCCGAGGGCGCCAACGUCUCGAUCGACAACAAGCACGGAACCGCCCCCUGGGCCGGACCUGGGGGGACCAAAAAGCUCGCGAAGCCCGGCAAGGGGACCAAGUCCGGAUACGCCUCCAGCACGACUCUCGCCUCGCAGGCGGACUCUGCGGCGCCGAUCGUCAGCCUGGCACAGAUCGGCGCAGAGCUCUUCGCGGUCUGUCUCGUCACGUGCUACUCCGAGGGCGAGGAGUCGCUCCGGACGACGCUCGACUCGAUCUCCACGACCACCUACUCUGACGCGCGCAAGCUGCUCUUCAUCGUCGCGGACGGCAUGAUCACCGGCGCCGGCGAGAAGCGCAGCACGCCCGACCUUUGUGUCAGCAUGCUGGAGGCGGACCCCAGGUUCGGCAACCCCAUGCCUAUGAGCUACAUCGCCGUGGGUUCGGGUUCGAAGCAGGACAACCGUGCCAUGGUAUAUGCGGGCCAUUACACUGUCGCGGGUCGCAGGACGCCUACCGUGAUCGUCGUGAAGUGCGGGACUGAACAGGAAGCUGCCACGGAGAAGAAGCCUGGCAAUCGAGGCAAGCGGGACAGCCAACUUAUCCUAAUGAAUUUCUUUUCUCGCGUCACGUAUAACGACCGGAUGACGCCUUUGGACUUUGAUCUCUUCCGCAAGAUGCAUAUAUUGAUGGGCGUGACGCCCGACUUUUUUGAAGUGUGUUUGAUGGUGGAUGCUGACACCAAGGUCUUCCCCGACUCCCUCACCUACCUCGUCAACUGCAUGCACCACGACCAGAUGAUCAUGGGCGUGUGCGGUGAGACGCGCAUAGCGAACAAACGUCAGACAUGGGUGACUUCCAUCCAGGUCUUUGAAUACUUCAUCUCCCACCACCUCGCCAAGGCCUUCGAGUCCGUCUUUGGCGGUGUCACCUGUUUGCCGGGGUGUUUCUCCAUGUUCCGCCUCAAGGCUCGCAAGCAGACCGGCGACGAUUGGGUGCCGCUGAUCACCAAGCCCGAGAUCGUGAAAGAGUACAGCCAGAGCGAGGUGACGACCUUGCACCAGAAGAACUUGCUCCUCCUGGGCGAGGAUCGUUUCCUGACCACCUGCCUGCUCCGGACCUUCCCCAAUCGCAAGAUGAUGUUCCUUCCACAGGCGAGGUGCCGCACCGUCGUCCCAGAUACGUUCAGCGUCUUGCUUUCCCAGCGUCGUCGGUGGAUCAACUCUACCAUCCACAAUCUCAUGGAGCUCGUCCUCGUGCGCAACCUCUGCGGCACCUUUUGCUUCAGCAUGCAGUUCGUUGUGUUCAUGGAUCUCCUCGGCACCGUCGUCCUUCCCAUCGCCAUCUCGCUCACUUACUUGCUCGUCAUCUCCUCUGGAAUCAAUCCCCCGAAAUCCUUUGAGGAGGCUAUUCCGUUGCUCCUGCUCGUUGCCGUCCUCGGGCUCCCCGCCGUCCUGAUCCUGAUCACCACGCGGAAGGUCGUCUAUGUGUUCUGGAUGCUGAUCUACUUGGUCGCGCUUCCAGUAUGGAACUUCAUCCUUCCCGUCUACGCGUUUUGGCACUUUGAUGACUUCUCGUGGGGUGAAACGAGAAAGGUGGAAGGCGAGGCAAAGGGCGAAGGCCACGGGGAGGGCAAGGGGGUGUUCGCGGGAAGUGCGAUCCCUCUGAGACGAUGGGAAGACUGGGAGCGCUCUCGUCUGCGGAAACUUCGGAGAGAGGAGAAGCGGAGACGAGAGUUCGAGCGCGCCCACCCGUCAGGAUACAACGCCGGCGACACCGACUUCCUCGGCGUGCGCUCCGACGCGCACAGCCAGUACGACGGGUCUGACACGGUCUCGAUCGCGUCCUCCGACGAAGAUCAGUGGGGCCCACAGAUCGGUGGCUACAACGAGAACAACUCGCAGUAUCCGCCGCCACCGCCGGGGCUGCAGCGCCUCGCGCCUCAGGCCCUCGCGAGCGCCACCACGGUGGGCGGCGCGGAGCUGGAGGCCAUGCUCGACCGCGGCUGGGACGAGCGGCCGUCCGCGAACUCGUCGACCGACUACCUCCACCCCGCCCCGGCGGCGCGGUUCCAGCUGUCGGACGGCCCAGCAGGGACGUAUACGCCGGUUUCCCGGGGGGUUAUGCCGCCCAUACAAUCGCCCGUGUCGCCGACGCGGCCGACGGAGGGCGCGAGCUCGGCGGUCGGGAGCGACUGGAAGACGCACGCGAAGCGGCGCAGCGGGGGCGGGAGCGCGGGGUCGGACGACUACGGCCCGCUGGGCCCUCUCGACCCCGGACGCUAG